CCCGGCGGCCAGCGCGACGCCGUCACUCAUCGCGCUUGUGUGAUGGUGUCACCCCCUCACAGGCAGCGGCUUGUCCCGGACUGAGGGGAGGGGAGGACCCUGAGUGGGAAUAACGGGAGCAAAUGUUCGCGGCUAGAUCAGGGAGGAGGGGGAACGGGAUGCUAUAGCAUUUUUUAUAAGAAGAAAGAAACGCAGUUAAAAUAAUUUAUAAUUCGAUUGAAGUGUGAGGAAGAUCGGGGAGUGAGUGGCUGCUGCAGAUUAUGGCGUCUGCUACAGAGGAUUUGAAUGCGGAGAACCAGUUUUCACCAGAGCCUGAAACCAGUAAGAUUCCACAUGGAGUUCGGGCUGAUGCAUCACCAGAUGCAAAAUGCCCCAUCUGCCUAGACAGAUUUGACAACAUGUCUUACAUUGAUCGCUGUUUUCAUAAAUUCUGCUUUCGCUGCAUUCAGGAAUGGUCUCGAAACAAAGCUGAAUGCCCCUUGUGCAAACAGCCAUUUAACUCCAUAUUCCACAGUGUGCGGACCGAAAAUGAUUUUCAGGAGUAUGUACUGAAGGCGACAGAGAAUGGCUCGUUUGCCAGUCCGGGUGGGCAAAGGUUUAGGUACCGAACAACACUGACCCGGGAACGUCGCACGACCCAUCAACGUCGGAGGUCCCCAGUUCUUCCCGUAAUACCUGACAAUGGAGUAGUAUUCGAAGGACUUGGGCGCCAGCCCCGGGUGCAUCAGGGACACAACUUGCGUCGGAUGAUGUUACGACUGGGCGCCCGGAGGAGAGCACAGUCCGAGGGCAGAUCCAUGCGCCAGGUCCAAGAACAAGAAAUGAUCAACUUUAGACGAGAAUUGUACCGGUCAGGCUUGCGUGUCAGGAACGUCCAAGAUGGGGGUCGGAGUCGAGACAUUUCUGCCGAGUUCUUCCGCCGCAACGCAGCCUGUCUUCACCGACUAAUGCCAUGGUUGAAAAGGGAACUGUGCGUCUUGUUUGGCUCCCACGGUUCUGUUGUCAACAUUGUGCAACAUGUCAUCAUGUCUAACAUCGUUCGAUACAACAUGGAAGACGGGGCCUUUCAGGAAGAACUCAGGCCCUUUUUACUCAGCCGCACAGACCAUUUCUUGCACGAGUUUAUAAGCUUUGCGCGGGCACCGUUCAACAUGGAAUCAUAUGACCAGCGCGCCAACUAUGACUGUCCAGCUCCAUCCUACGAGGAAGAAAGUGACUCAGAUUUAUCUGUAAUCACAAUAUCGCCUGACACCGCUAACAUUCAGGAAGAAGAUAGACCCACUCCCAAUCCUUCAGAAUUAGCUCUUGGCCUAAGUCAGGCAACAUGGGACGAUGAAACGCCUGGCCCUUCUUACUCAGUGGCAGAGACCAUGGAGUCGGUUAACUCCUCACCUGGUGAAACCUCUGCUGUUUCUGAGGAGAUGCCACCACAAGCUGGAUCCUCUUUACUUACGGUGUCAAUAAAAUCCGAUCCAAGCACAAAGGAAGAGGGCUCAGCCCGUUCAGCCGAUGACUGCUUAAUAAUUGGUUAUGUGAAGCCUUUAGCUGAAAGGACUCCUGAACUUAUUGAACUGAGCUCAGACUCUGAAGUUUCCGUACAGGCCACCAGCACCGAGGUUGUCAAACAGCCGAUGCAUUUACGAUUCCACAGCACCAGCAGUUUGUCCUCGUCAACUAGAUCGUCAUCAGCUAGAUCGUCUGUGUCCAGGGAGCGAUUGAAAAGAAAGAAAUUGAAACAGAAAAAGAGUAACAAAUCAAAAAGAGAUAAGCACCGCAGUCAUAAGAAGAGUUCCCAUUCUGGGGGCAGUGCGUCACGUUCAAGCAGACGGAGGGAGAGGAUUUCAAGCAGAGUUCGAGGCAGUUCGAAGGAUCGAUCAAGAAUCCGACCACAUAGUAGAGACAAGCAUGAGUUUAGGAGGACUGAGCGAUCAAGCACCAAGGACAGAACCAUGGUGGCUUACCCUUACAGCAGAGGUGAAUAUCAAGCUAAAGACCGGAGCAGAAGAGCCGGCCGAGACAGAUCUUCAUCAAGAGAGAGGGCCAGAUCAGGCAGCAGAGAAACCCAUGCUCAUCAAACCCGAGACAGGAGGCGAUCAAGGAACCGAGAGCGAGCGCCAUUCACCAGAAGUCGGACAAGGUCACAGAACAGUGACAGUGCCGUUUACAGGCAUAGAGCUAGGUCACGUUCUUGGAGCAGAGGCUAUGCCGCUCUUGGAGACAGGAGGAGGUCCAGAAGUCGGGAGAGGGCGUACAGCUACAUGAGAGAAUACCAGGAAAGAAACAGGGGGUUCUUAUAUCAGUGGGAAAGAUAUAGCUAUCACAGUAGAAUGAACGAAGGCCGUGAUUCCGCGCCUCGAACCAGAGCUCACCACAGGAGAGGGUCACCGUGUUCAGAUUAUAGAAUUCGAUCUAGUUCUGAAAGCACAAGCUUCAGAAGCCCAAGUAGCCAUAGGGAUGAUGUCUAUUACCAAUACAGAAGUUAUCGAUCAAGAAGCCCAUCCAGUAGCAGAUCUAGAACUACUUCUGGUAGAACUGAUAAAAUGAGACAAGAGAAACCUGGGGGCAAACGUAAAUAUAAAACUCAUUAUUUGGAAAGUUCUUCCAGCAAAAGUGCAAGUUUGCAGCUUUCUAAUUUAUCAUCAGAAAUUCACAUGUUGCCCAGACAGGAGGGUGGUUCUCCUGGCCCUCUUUCACAGUGUAGCAGUAACUCAAAAAGCGGCUCCGUGUUACUUGAGAGUAUGCUAGGCAGCGAGCCAAAGUGGAAAAAGCACAAUGAGAAGACAAGAAGUGCAAGUGUGGAAAUCGUGUACGAGGGAAGGGUAACAGAGGCAAGUCAGCGCCAUAAAAGAAAAAAGAAACACAAAAAGAAACAAAAAAGGGGAAAGAGCAAUGAAUGGGCUGACAGUGAAUGUCAUUCACCCCUUGUGAUAACCAUUGAGAGCGAUAGUGAUGUAAUUGUUACAAGUAUGGAAGAUGGCAACAGCACUGUAGACACAACCACUAACCUUAACGAAAACAAUUUUGAACUUGUCGAGAAGUGUGUUCUUGAGACUGUGGAAUCUCAGGAUCUUCCUGAUACAACACCGAAUGUUUUCUUCAGGCACACAAGCACAGAAUCCUUGGAUGUUUGUGGACUGUCUGCAGAUUCUGAUCCUAGUCCUCCAAAUUCAAAUGAACAGACUCACCUUGACCAAGAUGAUGUCAGUCCAGUGACUGAUACCGACUGUCACCAGAAUUUCAAAGGGGAAGAGCAAGACCAUGGACAGAACUGCUCUUCGCCAAAAAGGACUCUUUCUAAAAACUCUUCAGACAGACCACCUUUGAUACUGAAAAUCCCAAAGAGGUUCAUUAACGGAGCUAACUUAUUUAGCCGUCCAACGGAAAAUGCAUGAAAAUUGUUUCUGAAGACAAAGUUGGCUUGAAAUUGGAUGUUGAUCUGGCCUCCCAUCCACUCCCUCCCUCCUCCCCAACCACCACUUUCCCACCCACCAUGGGAAUUUUAUUAGAUUCGUACAGUAGCACAAGAGAGGAUUAAGAAGUGUGUGGUCAUCAAGCUGGCAUCAUGUGUGUAGAUUUGUUUUUAAAAAAAAUUCUUGUGACAAGACUGGUAACACUGUACAGAUCAAUCGUGUGCAGAUACUGCUUAACAAUGACUAAGAAGGUGUAGAUUCCUAUGCCAAAUCUAUCCAUUGGAAAUUUUAUAAAUAUGGUGUAUUAAGGUGGGACUAUAAAAGUUGUGUGGGUUUAUCUAUUUAAAAACGUUACAGGUUUCUUUUCAUCUGACUUUAUCAUUGCCAAAAGUGCAUCACAUAAACUUGCAUUUAACUGUUCCAGGCUGUUGAUAAUUGCAUAAGGCACAGACCAGAAGACCCGGAGAGAUUAAAGGCACUUACAUUUCUGUAAAUAAUCAUACUUGAAUGUUCUAAAAUAGUUGCCAAAUAUAUAGAACAAUCAAAACUGGCAAUUGGGUUGGCAAUAAAAUGUUUUUUUUUAAUCAUUUUAUGAGAAUAGUUUUGAUGAGACUAAAUGUUGUCCGUGGCGCAGCGAGAGCUGUUUACACGGGAAGCAAAAUAUUUUCCAGCUCCCUUGAUGACAGUACUGGAUGAAAAACCUUUUGCUUCACCAGAGAUUACAAAUCAAAGUGGGUCGUGUUUUCAUUCCUUGCCCUGAGGAGCUGGUUUCUGCUGUUUUUGCUCAGGGUAUUGAUUUCCGUUAACUUUUUGUCACCCUGAUUGAAACACCCAGCAAACUACGAAUGUUUCCUGUGAUGAUAGGUGGGCUGUUUGGAUUAAGGGGAUUCUAACCUUUUCUAUGCCUGGGUCAAUAUUUCUGAUAAUUCAAUCUCUUAGAACAGUUUUUAAAGAAUAUAUACUGUAGUGUGGGUGCACAGUCUCCUGUAGUUUGCAGGAAAUGUAUAUUUGCAUGUGACAGAUUUGUGAGGGAGUGUUGUGAAAUGUUGUAAAUUGGCUAUUAGAUAAACCUGCCAACAAUUUAGUUAAAAUUUCAGUUUGCCUGGCUGUAUCGAAUGAUUCAUCAUACUUUUAAGUGAUUACUUGCAUGUCUCCCUACGUUACAACAGUGACUACACCUCAAAAGUGACUAUACUAGGUGAAUUGCUCUUGCAGAAAGCCAGCACCAAUAAGAGGGGCUGAAUGGCCUCCUGUGCUGUAUCCAUUCUAAAAGUACUUUGGCUAUUGAAGGGCUUUGGGACAUCCAGUGUCAGGUAGGGUGCUAAAGAAAUGAAGUUCUUCGUGGUUUCAUUCCUAUGUGAAUUUGCCCUGAUAAUCCUAAUAUGUGAUAAUGAGUGAGAAUAUCCACAUCCCUAUUUACUGAGUAUUACUGCUUCACUAAAUUUCCCCAUUUUGAGAGAAAUAAAAUGGACCCCCCCCUUCACCUCCCUUCCCAGGAUAAAUAGAAUUUCGGUUUGGGCCUAUGAGGUUUGCUUGCUGUAGGAUGUAUAGUGAACGUGGCAGUUAUGAAAGUUGUUAGUCCAUAAGCAGAUGAAAGUGAUAUGACUUUCAGGGCAAAUAACACUGGGGAUCAUCAACGGAUAGUGGAUAGAGUCCCGUUUUUCGUCUUUUUGACGUAAAUGUGCCAAUCAUACACAGGAUUGGUGAAACAAUAGUGUGGGCUCUUUAUUUGAAAAUAAAACUAUAUACAAUGAUCACUGGA